CAUACAGAUUUUAAACCAGACGACCCUCCUCGCCAAUCAGACUUGCUACACAUUGGCUCCUUUAUUAAACUGAUGGCGCUGUUGAAGCUGUUCCUCGGGGUUUUUCUGCUCCUUCAGCUUGUUCUGCACGUAUUGGUCGGAGCUGCUGAGCCUCAAACCCUGAACUGUCCUAUAUAUGCUGGAGUUCCUGGUGUUCCGGGACACAAUGGUCUGCCUGGCAGAGACGGGAAAGACGGAAGAGAUGGAGCCACUGGACCCAAAGGAGAGAAGGGAGAGCCAGGAGUGAGUGUGCAGGGACCACCUGGUAAAGCUGGACCACCUGGACUUGAUGGGCCGCAGGGUGAAAGGGGUCCACCGGGGUCUCAUGGAAGUGAAAGUGUUAUUGAGUCCCUGAAGUCUGAGAUCCAGAAUCUUAAAGCCGAGAUUGACACCAUUGAGAAAGCUGCGAGCUUCAGCAACUUUAGGAGAGUUGGACAGAAAUAUUACGUCACUGAUGGUAUUUUGGGAAAUUUUAAUGAUGGCAUAAAAUUCUGCAAGGAUGCUGGUGGAACAUUAGUUGUGCCAAAAACUGCUGCAGAAAACCAAGCUCUAGUCAGGGUGUCAGUAUCCAGUGCUUUAAGUACUGGAAAGCCGUAUAUUGGAGUCACAGACAGAGAAACAGAAGGACAGUUUGUAGACAUUGAGGGGAAGCAACUAACUUUUACCAACUGGGGUCCUGGUCAGCCUGAUGACUACCGGGGAGGACAAGACUGUGGUGUAAUAGAGGUUUCUGGCACUUGGGAUGAUGGAAAUUGUGGUGACAUACGUCCUAUUAUAUGUGAAAUAGACAUGUAGUAUAUUUGCACAAAAUGAGAAUGCAAAUAUUGACCAUUAGGGUUUUUUAAACAACCUAUGAGAUACUAUUUAGAUUUAAGUGUGAAGCACGUUCUUCAGUAUGUAAAAUGAUACAUUUAAAGAGCCCAUAUUAUGGGU